UAAAGUUGAACGAAUUCAUAAAGUGUCCAUCAUCAUGUCGGCCGGUCGAUGGCGACCCUUAAGCAUCAUCAAUCAAUUAAUCAUGCGUCAGAGAACGCACCAUGCAGGCUCGCGGUUCUACUGAGGCUGCUACGGUCUACUCGUAUUCGCACUCGGAAGACUGAAAACGGCAAAGCAAUAAGAACCCAUUUGUCGCAGCUUUUGUGUCGUGUUAGCUCACAUGAGGUCUCUAUCUCUCUACAGAGGUUUGCCGAAGAAGAGGGCACCGUCCUUGCCCAUUUUCUGGCGCACGAUGGGCGCGGUGCCCUCGAAGUCCGAUAACGUCUUCAAUCGGUAACUGGGGACUGACAGACCGAUCACAGAUCCAUCAACCACUCACUCACAACACACACGCAGAGGUAUGCGGGUGUCUGUCUUCACUCACUUCCAGUUGCUUCGGUGGUGAGCAGCUCGAGCGUGAUGCUGUCGCUGAAGUUCUUGGUGACCCUGAGGUGUACGGCAAACCGGUCCGCCACCUGGUCGCCAGCGAAGAUGACCAGCCGGGUCCGGGUGAGGUGGUUCUCCACAUCCACCGUGCGGCACCCGUACACUGAUACAUAAAUACAGCACAACAAACAACCCAACAACACACACGCUUCCACAUGGGUUGGCUUGUGCAGAGCCGAAUGGCUCCCAUGGUAUGUAUCAGCCUGCGUGUGCGCGCACCGUUGUCGCCCUUGAGCAGUGCCUCGGCUCUGGUGAACCUCUCCUUGAGCGAGAGGCUGUCGUCUGUCCAGGUGCACUCGGUGGUGGCGACGCACACACGGGCCUCCUGCCACAAGGGGCGCUGAAACGUAUCCCGCCGGUCGCUCCACUGCUGCAUCCUGAUACACACACAUACAUAACACAGGGAGAGGAAGAGGGCCGCAACAGAAAGGGGGACAUGCAGACGGCGACAUUGCUGCCGGCUGGUGUCACUGUGGACGAACCUGAAGAUGAUGAGUUCGCGGAACGUACGGCCAGUUGUGGAAUAGCAACCUGCAGCCGGAUGGCCACAGGCACAUGCCGGACACACGAGCAAUGACGGAUGUUGUCUGUCGCGAUGCUUACACGUGCUGACGGGGUCGCGGGGGUCCGAUGUUUUGAACGCACUGGUCAGGGAAUCGCGCAGCCUCAAUGAACUGAACACACACACACACACACACACACAUCAGGGGCGUACAGACGACCAACAUUUGCGGUGGGUGCGUAUGUGUGUGCGUACUAUCUUGUGGGCCUGAGCUCUCUGGCUAGUCCUUCCAGCAGCAUCAGGUCGGGACAACACGGCCAGCCAUUCGCCGUUUGCCUCAGGCGAUGUCCGAACAAAGAAUACUGCCGCACGGCCUCACACCGGGACAGAUACGUGGCUGAAUCAAAAACAAACAUACAUACAGACACACAGAUAGAUAUACGUGCGAUGACGAUUUCUUUGUGAGCGGCCAGCCAGCGUGCUCGUUGCUGUAUGAACGCACCUUUUGUGUCGGCUUCCUGCACGUCGAUGGGCGACAGCAUGAGAGGCAGCACUUUCAGCCAGCCGUGGUGAUACGCCAGCAAGAUCAUUGGCCGCACCGCGCCCCAGUCACCGCCAUUCUCAAAGAUGAAGACCAGCCGCAGCAGGUAGUCCACCCUCGGCAAACACGAAAUCCGCCGGCGACGCCUUCGGGUGCGCCGCGACAUGGCAGAGGUUAUGACACGCCGAUGCUCCCUCUCGUACCUGCACACGACAACACACACACAGCCAAUGCAAUGCAUAUCUUCCGGCCCAUCUGGCUUCCAUGUUUAUACGCGAGAACGGACUCCAGGUUGUGUUGUUUGAUGAUCUUGUUGAGGCGGCGAACGAGAAAUGCCUCGUCGAUGAGGCAGCACCCCGCCCGGCCAUCGGAUGUGGACCGCAGGGCCGCGCAGCUCUCUGCCGGCAGAUAUGAGAGAAGAGCAUCUAGGAUCUCUGCAGGCAGGUCCUCCAGAUGCUCCGCUGCAUCCAUUCGCAGUGCCUCCU